AGAAGUCUCUCUAUCCUGGCUAUCGAGUUCUUUGUUUAAGAAUAAGGAUCUUUUAAGAUACGCCGGAUCCGCUAAAAUACGCCGAUCCCCGUCCGUCUUCCGAUCAUAUGGGGCUGCUUGACCAGUUGUGGGAUGAUACCGUUGCGGGUCCCCGACCCGAUAAUGGCCUUGGCAAGCUCCGAAAGCACUCCACUUUCACUUUCCGGCCUAACUCUGCCAAGGAAUCUGAUGGCGGGAGUCUAAGAUCGUACGGUGAUGAAGCGCCGGAGGAAGCGACGAGAGUGACACGUAGUAUUAUGAUCGUAAAGCCGCCUGGUUACCAGAGCGGAUCGCCUCCGGUUUCGCCGGCCGGAUCGACCCCUCCGGUAUCUCCUUUUUCCGGAGGCAGAGAAUCAUAUCGGUUUCGGAGAAGGUCCACAUCGGAUGCAUACGAGAAGGCUAACGAGGUUGGACCAAGGAGCCCUUGUCCUCCUUACGACGUGUGAGAUAUGAGUCCUCUCCCAUAUUUGGCGACAAAUCAAAUGGGUUUUGGUACUGUUUGCAUGCUUAGGUCUUUCAAAUGUGUAACUUAAUAGUGUAGUAUGGGGUAAUGUAUGCAAGAAUGUAGUCUGGUACUUGUGUAUAUAGAGCUUGUAAUAGUACGGUUCGGCCGUUGUUUGUCGGAAUAAGAUUUCGGUGUUGGUUUCUCUUUUGCUUA